AUGCUGAAUCUUUCAAAAGACAAGAUAAUACUAUUCGUAGUGCACAACUAUUAUGACAUAAUCGUGGUCGCUUUACUCUCUAUAGGAGUAACAUAUUUCGCUUCAAAAGCUUGGAAAAGAGCAACAAAUAAGAGAGAAGAUAUCCCUGGCCGGCUGGGAUUGCCUUUUAUUGGGGAAACUUUUUCUUUUCUUUCAGCCACUAAUAGUACAAGGGGAUGCUAUGAUUUUGUCAGACUUAGGCGAUUGUGGAAUGGGAGAUGGUUCAAGACAAGGCUUUUCGGCAAGAUUCACAUAUUUAUUCCCAGUCCUGAAGGCGCAAGGACGAUAUUUGCAAAUGACUUUGUUCAAUUCAACAAGGGUUACGUAAAAUCAAUGGCAGAUGCCGUGGGAGAGAAAAGCUUGCUAUGUGUACCCGUUGAAAGCCACAGAAGAAUAAGGCGUCUUCUAUCUGAACCAUUCUCCAUGACUUCCCUAUCUGCAUUUGCAACAAAAUUUGACAAAAUAUUGUGCGGAAGGCUGCAAAAGCUAGAAGAAAGUGGGAAAAGUUUCAAGGUGCUGGACUUCUGUAUGAAGAUGACAUUUGAUGCAAUGUGUGAUAUGCUGAUAAGCGUCAGGGAGGAUUCACUACUACAACAGAUCGAGAAAGACUGCACCGCCGUCUCUGAUGCCAUGUUAUCCUUUCCUAUCAUGAUUCCUGGCACCAGAUACUAUAAAGGCAUAACGGCUCGUAAAAGGCUCAUGGAGACCUUCACAGAAAUCAUUGCACGACGGAGGAGGGGAGAUGAGUCUCCAGGAGACUUCCUGCAAUCAAUGUUGCAGAGAGACUCGUUCCCAGCCAGUGAAAAGCUUGAUGACUCGGAGAUUAUGGAUAAUCUGCUAACAUUGAUAAUUGCUGGACAGACCACCACAGCAGCAGCUAUGAUGUGGAGUGUUAAGUUUCUAAAUGACAACAGAGAAGCACAGGACACACUCAGGGAAGAACAAUUAUCUAUAACCAAAAUGAAGCCAGAUGGAGCUGCAAUUGAUCAUGAGGAUCUCAGCAACAUGCGUUAUGGUUUGAAGGUAGUUAAGGAAACAUUGAGAAUGUCCAAUGUCCUGUUAUGGUUUCCUCGUGUUGCCCUUCAAGACUGCACGAUUGAAGAAGGGCUUUUAUCAUCAGUCUUUCUGGCCUUCAUGAUUAUGUUACCAAUUAUAAGGAUGGCCAUAACAGGGUAUGAUAUAAAGAAAGGUUGGCAUGUAAACAUUGAUGCAACUUAUAUACAUCACGAUUCAGAUUUGUACAACAAUCCAUUGAAAUUCAACCCACAGAGAUUUGAUGAAAUGCAAAAGCCGUACAGUUUCAUACCUUUUGGAUCGGGGCCUAGAACAUGCCUUGGAAUCAAUAUGGCAAAAGUGACAAUGUUGGUCUUUUUACACAGACUCACUGGUGGUUACAAGUGGACCCUUGAUGAUUUAGAUACUUGCUUAGAAAGGAAGGCACACAUACCUAGACUAAAGAGUGGCUGCCCAAUAACUUUGAAGUCCUUGAGCAAAAGCAUGCCACAGGCAUAAAAGGUCAUGAAGAAUUGCGUGACAUGUAUUUCAC